AUGCAGUCGCCAUCACCCCAGCUCCUCCGUGCUCUCCGCACGUCCCUCUCAACGCCCCUUUGCCUCUCAAGUCCUCGAAUGUCCUCAAUUUGCUCCCCAACCUCAACCACCCGCUUCACUUCCCUCCCACCCCGACGCCUCAACAGCUCAGCCAUCCGCCCAGCACGCAUAGUCCCGCGCUCGCACUCCCACAAACCCGCCAGCCACGACCGUGGCCCGGAGUCACAAGAAGACACCCAAACAGACUUCAGCAAUCUCGACGUGCUGGGCAACAUUCCUGCCCCAACAACCGCGAUCGACGCCUGCCUAGACUCAGGCUUCCAUCUGAACAGCGGCGUGAAGAUUCAGAAUGGCGACGGGCUUCUCCUCGUCGGUGGCGAGGCGUUCAGGUGGCGCCCGUGGAAGACAACUGAGAGCGCUGAGCAAGGCCUUGCGCAGGCGAGGGCCGGCAUGAUCAAUGCCAAGGGCCAGUUUGAGGUUGACGAGGAGGUUUGGGGGCUUUUGAGCGUUGUGUGGCCGCGGCCGGAUAUUCUGAUUCUUGGGCUUGGGGCUACCAUGCAUCCUCUGUCGCCGGAGACGAAGCGUCAUAUCAAUUCGCUUGGAAUCCGGGUGGAGAUCCAGGAUACGCGUAAUGCUGCUGCACAGUUUAAUCUGCUGGCUACCGAGCGUGGUGUCAAUGAGGUUGCGGCGGCUAUGAUUCCUAUUGGGUGGCAGGGACGGUCAUAG